AGAAUCUUGGAUAGAGAGAGCGCCAUGGUCCACAGUUUCGUUCGAAUCUGUGGUGCCAUGUGAGAUAAUGUGAACAUACUUUCAAUAUAAUUUCAGGAAAAUGAAUAACAAAAAUGAUACCAAAUGGCGUCCUAUCACCAUAGCCAACUCUUCCAACCGCUUACGAAAUGCUAGAAACAUGCCCCAAUGGGUGAGUAAGAGCGGAUCGGGAGGUCCCCCACCACCUCCAAUACCAUCCGGUGAUGGAAAUGGAAAAUCAAAAAAUUCCAAACAAGGAAAAUUUUCAGAGCCGGACUAUGAAGUUAUUGAGUUUGGGCAGUAUUCGAAUGCUCCUAUGAUCAACAAAAAUGGAAAUACAUAUAAUGAUGGCUUACACUGCCAACUAUGUGGUUCACCGGUUCCGGCCCUCAAAUGUGACCAAUGUGCACAAAUAUUUUGCCCUUCCUGCGAUGAUAUGUUUCAUAGACAUCCUAAGCGACAUACCCACAUUAGAAAGGCUAUCGAUCUUCGCCAUUCGCAGCCUCUACUUCCUCCAUUACCCCCCAAAGGAGAACCCCCUGUGCCUCCCGUACCUCCGCCCAGACGUCGAAGAGCAGGCUCUGUAGGUCCUUCGCCAUGUCCCAGUCCAACACCUUCACGAGCUAAUCAGGGAAUAGGAUCAUUACUGAAAAAAGAUAGCUUAUUUUCAUUGAAAGAUAAGAUGGGCAGCCUGAAAAAGAUUAUGGGGAGCAGGCCAUUGCCUCCGACUCCACCUGCUUCAAACUAUCCAUAUCCAAGGUCAUCACCAGAGAGAACCAGUACUAUGAGUCCAAGUCCUUCUUUGCAGCAAAGAUACCGACAACACCAAAUGUUUAUGAGAGGAACUACACCCAACUUACCUUCAACGUGCGAUGAUUUCGACCAGCAAAGUCGAAAUAGUAGCUAUCCAGAAUCCGAUAGAGAGAGAUGGAAUCAAACAACCGGAAGACCUUCACAAAGAAAAUUGAGUACAUUUUCGAUGUCACCAUCUCCAAAGCAUCACAGUGCUUCCGUCUUUGAUCUAAACAAUUUGCCAACACACCAGCAUCAACAUCAUGGAUUUGUACCUAUGCAGCAGGCACAUUCAACUGCCCACUUGAACUACCCACCUUGUUGUCAAGGUCCAAUGCCAGAACAGUGGGGCCCAUGGGUCGAGCCUCACAGAACCGGCAGUAAUAUGAGCUUGAACAUGGUACCGGGAGCUUACCCCAUGAAUCCCAUGUGGAUGGGUACUUGGCACGGACCACCUCCAUCCGCUAUGUACCCAUAUCCGAUGCCCAUGAAUCAAGUGCAUCACAAUCAAUCCAGACCUGCUUCUCCAACUCAAAGCAUCAAAUCACGGAAGUCCACUAUGAGCAGGAAGAGCAGGAGAAAAUACAAACAUAGUGAUUCUGAAGACGAAGACGACAGGAGAUCAACUUUCAGUUAUCACGACAGGAGCGAGAGGAAGAGCACCGGCGGUAGAUUUACAGAUAGGAAGAGGUCCUUGAGGGACCCCAUGUCAGCACCUAGGGAGGUCCAACGAAGGAACACAAUAGAUUUGGUGGACAGGAUGUCGCUGAACAGGGCACGUCGGAGUGUAGCGGAAACCAGUGACAGUGACGACGAAUACCAACCUGAAAACCAGAGAGACGUGAUAGACGAGGUUUCAUCUGCUGAAGAAGUAGUACCAGAGAAACCAGUAGUGAAGAUGAAGGUUGAAAAUAACUCUUGGGAAUGCGAACAUUGCACUUUCGUCAAUGAUUUCGAUACGAAGGUCUGCUCGAUUUGUUGCAAAACAAGAACUGAAGCUGCUAAAAUCGUGGAGCAGCCAGAGGAUCCAAAUUUCAACUUCCUUUCUCCCAAAAACUUACCAACCCAGAAGUCGAAAAAGAAAGAACGCAAGAUGCAAACUAGCGGAUCUUCGGACAACUAUAGUCGGGACUGUAGCGAGACAGAGUCUCUGAUGAACAAACUUGGAAAUUUAAAACUGCCCAAAGAUGAGAUAAAGAAAGAGAUGGACCUGAAGAAAGGAGAAGAUACCAAAGUAUCGACCAGUGAGAGUGAAGUGGAAAGAAAAAGCCAUUCAACGAAAGUGGAUGUGCCGAAACUUGAUAUCAAUAUUGAUAAAGAACAAGAAGUAGAAAGUAAAGUUUCACUUAGUGAGGCAGUUUCACAAACUUCAGAUAAUGUGAAAGGACAAUCGACUUUUAAAAAUAGUGAAAGUGACUCUGGAGUAAAAAUGAUGAGUACCUCCACUGGGACAUCCCCACCACCACAAAGUGCUUCCACACAAACAUAUGAAGAUGUUCCUUUGGAUAACAACAGGGUGGGCAGGAGCAGACCUUCAAGCCGCAAUUUCAAAAGAAAUUCACAAAGGUCUCGCUCACUACACGAUUCUUCGAGAAAAGGGUCACAGUGGUCCCUGUACAGGUCUUCUAGCAGACAUUCGUUCACCACAGAUUCUCAAAGUCUACCGGGAAGUAGGGAACACAGUCCUUCCCCAUUUGAUUACCCUGAUAACGUUUAUUUUGAAAGAAACUCUCCGAGAGAGAGAAGGCCUUUUGCCUCCCGAAGAUCUUCUUUAUCUGAUGUGAGAAGACCAGAAGUUCGCAGAAAAUCCUCGAGGGAUAUUUACAUGGAUGGUUCCAAACCUUAUUCGAAAGAGAGUAGAUCCGAGUAUGGUCCAGACAAUGUAAUUCAUCGCCACGAUACUUACAAAUCUCAAGGCAUGGAAUUAGUGAAGCUCUUGAGGGAAGCUGAACAGUACAAAUUCAGCGCAGACGAAGUGCAAAUCGCACUGAACCAAUGCAAAGACUCGAAUCCCAUAGAAUGGCUGAAACAGAAUUGGCGCACUACCAUAACCAGCGUAGUAACCCUUGCCACACAAAUGGGCAGGGAGAUGCCAAUGAAUAUAAUCGGAACCAUUUCUGAAAAGGAAGCUCGUGAAGCCUUGAUCCUCCAUAAGGGUGUAUUAUGGCCCGCUGUAACAGAAUGUGUGGAGCAGAGGCAGAAAAAGUAUGCAGACAUAGCCUCUCGAGGAGAUUACAGCAGAGAGGACAUAGUCACUGUUUUGACUGCUAAUCAUGGAGAUCUGGAAGUGGCCUACAAUGAGCUAAAUAAGACACAAUUGAAGCCGUUUUUGAUGAGGAUUUGGGGUCCACCUGUAGGCACUGAUAAUGACUCAGGUAACGAGGGGGUUCUACUAGAAAAUAUGAGGGGUGAAGCCAUUCCCGUUUCAGAUUUGGUUCCUUUGGCAAAAGAAAAUAAACCAGCAGAAACAGCGGUGAGUUCUCUAUCCGACCUUUUAGCCAUAAAACCAUCCCUAGCCUCCUCACAAGUAAGUACAGCUCUACAAGAUAUAAGUAUCUCCCCUUCGACGAGCAACGAACAUUCCAAUUCAUCGACAAACCUCACAGAAGAAAUAGCCCUUCUCGAAACAGAAAUCACUAGAAACUUAUUGGACCUCAACGAAUUCAACGACAAUAUGGAAAAAGAAAUACGAGGUAGAGAAUCUACAGCAAAUAAGGAAGGUUCGGAAAAUUUCAAAGAUUACGAUUUGUUCGGAACAAGAAAAAACGCAAAUAAUAACAAGAUUUACGUUGAGAAAAGCAGUACCGUUAUACAAGUUUUAGACAGUCCCAAUGAAGAUGUAGAUCAAGAAAAAAAACCUGAUUCUGAAACAGAAUCCGAUGCUUCUGAAGAUGAUAAUAUCAAUGAAGAGUUCUCAGACGCUGUAGAAAAUAUUUUAGAGUUGGGAAAUGAUCGUUACUUUGACCAGAUGCCUGUUCAAAAAACGAGCGUCAGUACUCUGAAUAUUGUUCUGAAAAACAACACAGAUCAUAGUGGUCAGAAUAAGGAAAGAUCCGAAGAAGAAUUUAUGGAAAGCUUAACUGGAAUAGUACUUAAAAAUGAUUUCCAAGAAGAUUACUCAAGUGAAUUGAAAACUCCUGCUAUUGGAAUUGAAGACAAAAUAAAUCAACAACCAUUGUCGGAUCCGUCCAUAAGUUCUAAUAAUGCAGACGAGAAGAUAUCAUAUAUAACUGCAGGUUCUCUCUUAGGAAUGCAGAAUGUUGAUGAUCUACAAAAUAAUAAUGUAGUUAUGGAAGAAAGUCAGGAGACCCAUGAUGGAAUUUCUAAUUCAAAAAGAAAUUCUCUUAAGGGUGGAAUAAAAGUACAACUCCCUCAAAAUUAUUCUACAAUAGUUACUUCUUCAAUUAUAAUUCAAAAAAAUGAAGAUCCAAUAGACACAAAAAGAGAAGAUAAACUUCUUGAAAAGAACAACUCAUAUGGAUCAAUAAUGGAAACAGACACAAGAAAAGAAAAAAUAAUUGAUGCAAAGUCUGAGAAUAAUGAUUUAGAUACAUCAAUGAGAAAAAAAGACACAAGUAAAGAUGAUAAAAUGCCUGAAACUUCUCCAAAAAACGAAAAUGAAGUUAUUGAAACCUCAAAGCAAAAUGAUCCGCAUGGAUUAAUUACAGAACAAGGCUCAAAGAGAGAUGAUAAAAUCGCAGCACCUUCUGCAAAAAGCAAUUUCCAAGAAUCAGUUACAGCAAGCACGAAUAUUCAUAAUGAAAAUGAUAGAACUAACAUCGAAAUGACGAAGGAUCAAGCUCAAUUUGAAAAUAAAUCAGGAAAUGAAAACAUCAACCCAAUAAUUUCAGAAGAGAAAAUCGCUGAAGUUCCUGUUCAGGAUUCUUCUAAAAAAGAUAUCGAAACAUUUACUAAUAAGACAUCCGAAAAUGAUCCAAAACCGUUAAAAAAACAAGAAAGUAUUGGUAAGUUGGACAUCUCUUCAGUAAAAGUAUCGGUUAAUAGUACUGCUGAGGGAAUGGAGGCCAAUGAAGAAAACAAAACUAAAGAAUAUAAUCCAAAGGUUGAUCAAAACGACAUUAGAGUUCAAGAGCCAUCUACAAAUGAUUCAAUUGAAGCACCUCAAAAUGGAAAUGUGGAGAAAGAUACAGCUUUGAAAUAUAGACGCUUUUUAAAACUAAAAUUGCCUAGUGUUCGAACAAGACGUCCUAUUAGACCUAAAAAGAAAUCAAAAAGUUCCGUCAGAAAAUCUUCCUUGUCAUGUAUGAACAAUUCUUCAGAAGACGAGUCGAGUUCCGAAAUAAAUGACACCCAAACAAAAAAUAUAGAAAGAAUACCUGAACACAAUCCUGUUAUAGGUGAAAAAACGAACGACGAGAAAGCAGAGAUAAAAUGCUCAGAAAUUAAUGAUUGUGAUAGUGAUAUAAAUCAACAUAUGAACGAGUGUAAGGAUUGUGUUAUAAAUAGUGAAUUAAAAAACAAUCUUGAAGGUAAAUCUGCAAAUGAAGGAACUGUGUCAACAUUGACAAAAAAUGCAGAACAAAUACCUAACUUGGAUGGAGAAAAUUUGAUUCAAAAUGACACACCUGAAAAAACUUCGAGUUUGAAAAGGAAAAAAGGCUUCCGAAGAAAAAACAAUCUCAGCGUUAAUGUUAAAGUUGGAAAUUUAGCCAGGAUACAAGCUGGUGAAACUCCUGAUCUAGUGGACGACGAAAAAUCAUGUUUGCCGAUAGAAAUGAUUUCAGAAAAACAACUUCAAACAUUCACGUCUACUCGGAGUGAAUCAAACAUAGAUGUUAAUGAUAAAUCAAAGAAACAAACAACACCAAAAAGUCCAGGGUCUAGCCAGAAUUCGCUCAUACCGGUACCUAAAAAAUCGAAAAUACCAAUAGCAACUAGACAGAAUUCAAUACCAAAAGCUGAAACCAAACAGGAAAAAGAGAGUAAUGUAAGUAAGAUUCCUGUGAAAACAACUUCAAAUACCACCACAAGCAACAGUAAACCAUUGAGGACUUCUAAAAGCGAACCAAAAGAUAGUUCAGCUAAGGAUAGUGUACAAGUAUCAAGAGCCAGAAGUUUGACCCCUAACGACGUGAAAGCUAACAAACCAGAAUCUCAAAAGGAUAAGCACAGACAGAGGCAAAGCUUCGCUUCAAACAAGAUGAGCUCUUUCGAGUCUACCAGCUCCAAACAGUAUUCCUACACGAAAUCCUUGGAUAACGACAGUGAUUCUUCAGUAUCCGACAGCAACGUCGAGGACUUGCUGGAAUAUUCGGACGGUGACAAUUACGAAGAAUUCGAAGACGAGGAUUACGAGUCUGCCCAUCAGCCCACGUCGGAGGAAUACGAUCAGUUCGAAGAAAAGUUCAACAGGCUCAACGAGAAGUUAGAUUUCAAUCUGUCGGAAAUAAGCGCAAGGGUGGAGGAACUGACCAGUAAUAUUAGCCAGCAGAGCGACGAUUACAAGCCAAGUCAUAUGUAUCUUGACGAUACUUGCGAGUCUGAAGAAGCGGUAGAAGAACCGGAAGUGGAGGAGGAUGUUAUAGAUGAAAGAUUGACGAAGAUGGAGAUCUUAAAUACUAAUUUACAGGUGGAAUUCAGACAGCCAACUGAGAGUGAGGAGAGAGAGCGACAGGCUAGAAGAUUUUUAGCAGAGGGACAGGUUACAAGCUAUCAAGAGGCGGAGCUAGCUGCCAACCUCAUUGGACUGAAGUUUUCAACGGAGGAAGCGCUGGAGGCUGUGAAAGAUUGCAGCAGUUUGGAUGCAGCUAUUGCCUAUCUUCAGCAAGAAUGCGAACUCUGUGCUGGAAAGUACCCCAUGAAUAAAAUUGUAUCUAUGUUAAAAUGCGUGCAUAGAUGCUGUUUCGACUGCGCGAAAAACUAUUUCACGAUUCAAGUAACCGACCGAAGCAUCAUGGAUUGUACAUGUCCUUUCUGCAAACAUCCUGAAUUGACCAGCACGGAAUUAUCAGAGGACGAACUUUCGGAUUACUUCUCGAACUUGGACAUACUGUUGAAAGGGAUCUUGGAAACGCAGGUCCACGAAUUAUUUCAACAGAAGUUGAGAGACAGGACUCUUAUGCAGGAUCCCAAUUUUAAGUGGUGUGCUCAGUGCUCUUCUGGUUUUUUCGCAAAUCCUAGGCAGAAAAGGCUGAUGUGUCCAGACUGUAAAGCUGUAACUUGUGCUGAAUGCAGACGUUUGUGGGAGAAACAACACGAGGGCAUCUCCUGUGAGAAGUUCGCCGAGUGGAAGGAGGCAAAUGACCCCGAAAACCAGCAAUCUGGCGUGACUAAACAUCUGCAAGAGAAUGGCAUAGAUUGUCCCAAGUGCAAGUUCAAGUACUCGCUGGCCAAGGGAGGCUGCAUGCAUUUCACAUGCACCCAGUGCAAACACGAGUUUUGUUACGGGUGCGGAAAGCCAUUCAUGAUGGGCGCAAAAUGCGGACUAAGCGCCUACUGCGGAAAGUUGGGCCUUCACGCGCACCAUCCCAGAAACUGCCUCUUUUAUUUGAGGGACAAAGAGCCGCAAGAACUGCAGAAACUUCUCAAGGAUCACAAGAUUCCAUUCGAUACUGAAAUCAAAUCGAACAGAGAAGAUCCAGCGUCGAGGUUAAAAUGCUGCAUACCACUUCAAAGAGAAACUCCCAAUGGUCUAAUAGACACUGUUUGCAAUAAUGAAGUGUUAGCUGGGCAAGCUGGAUUGUGCAGGAUGCACUAUAUCGAAUAUCUUUGUUAUGUAAUAAGAAAAAACAAAGUAGAUCCGAUACAUUUAUUAACAGCAGACGAUUUAGAAACAGUUGUGAGAAGAGCAGCAAAAAAGUUGCCUCCAAAUGCAUAUGGAACGCCUAGAGAUAUGUAUCGAUUUAGACUCUCACAGAUCGUAAUGGAACAAAUACCACUGGAUUGAUCCCUUGAUAUUAUAUUAUCAUGUGAAGAAAUUAUUCUACUGGUUGAUUUUUAUUUUUUUCAUUUAUGUAAUUAUUCAAUCAUAAUUCCACAUAACAAAACAAUAAAAUAUAAAAAUAUAA